AAAACAACGCUGCAUCUAGGAAUAUCUUUCGACGGGAUUCAGAGAGGGUAGUCGGUCAAUAGUUUUCUCACUGGAAGCACCUUUGUGCGACCGCGGUCCGUUCAUGUCUCGGCAGUGGUAACAUUUGGAACAGAAUGGCAGUCAAUAAUGCGUUUCAAAUGUCUAACACUCUAUGGAGGAACAACAAUUUCACCAUGUCGAGUAAAGACCCACCUCUCUCGGAUCAAGGGGAGACCAUUAUAGGGGUGUACCUGUUGGUGCUGGGUUGGCUGUCAUGGUUCGGCAACAGUGUUGUUAUAUUUGUCCUGUACAAACAGCGGGCCUCGCUGCAACCAACAGACUAUCUCACCUUUAACCUGGCCAUCUCUGACGCCAGUAUCUCUGUGUUCGGUUAUUCCAGAGGAAUCCUGGAGAUCUUCAAUGUGCUUCGGGAUAAUGGGUACAUGAUCACUACCAUCUGGACAUGCCAGGUGGACGGCUUCUUCACCUUAGUUUUUGGACUUGGAAGCAUCAACACACUAGCUAUCAUCAGUGUUACCAGAUACAUAAAGGGAUGCCAUCCACGUAAAGCUCACUACAUAACCAAUGUAACCAUAGUCAUGUGCCUAAUUUUAAUCUGGACGGGGUCUAUAUUCUGGGCAGGAGCACCCCUGCUGGGCUGGGGAAGUUACACAGAUCGUGGAUACGGAACUUGUGAAAUUGACUGGGCUAAAGCUAAUUACUCUACUGUCCACAAGUCCUACAUCAUAUCCUGCCUGAUCUGCUGCUUCUUUGUCCCCGUGCUGGUUAUGCUCUUCUCCUACGUGUCCAUCAUUAACACGGUGAAGAGAGGGAACGCCAUGGCCGCUGAGGGGGAUCUCACCGACCGGCAGAGGAAGAUUGAGAGGGACGUCACCAUUGUAUCCAUCGUAAUCUGCACAGCCUUCAUCCUGGCUUGGUCACCAUACGCAGUAGUAUCAAUAUGGUCAGCAUGGGGCUUCCAUGUGCCCAGUCUCACCAGCAUCUUUACCCGACUCUUCGCCAAGUCAGCUAGCUUCUACAAUCCACUCAUCUACUUUGGCCUCAGCUCCAAAUUCCGAAAGGACAUCGCCAUUUUGCUGCCCUGCGCCGGCGAUGCCAAGGACACCAUCAAACUCAAGCAUUUUAAGCCAAAAGGUGAGGCUCGUCUGGGCUCCGGAAGACACCAUCUCAAAGCGCCUUUGUAUCACCAAAAGGAGAUGAAGUAUGCCCCUGGAAAUCCGUAUCCCCUCAUGACGCCUAAGGCAGCCGCAAGCCCGGAUUCGGGGGUAGAGAGUCCCCCCUGCACUCCACCUCCACCAGCCAACAAGGAGGUGUUCUUUAUUGAUGCGCCCCAUCCUUCUGAUGAUCCAGACUGGGAAUGCGACAGACUCUAAAAAAACAAUGCAAUCAUAUUUUUUGGUGUUACUAGUUUUUAUAAUAAUAUAAAAUUAAUAAAACUUUUUAUUCAAAGUUU